AUGAGCCCUCCUGGCCCUAACGGCGAAGCCGCCGUCGGCUCCGAUGGACCAAGACAAAAGGGCAGAGCCACCCCCGACACCCUAAAAGUCGGAUGUAUUGCUUUUGUGAUAAAGGAUGGGCAACCCCGGCGCGCAGAGAUUCUCAGCGUCAGGGAGACCAAGAGCGGGCGGCAGUUCUACUGCAACUUUGAUAACUUCAACAAGCGGCUGGACGAAUGGGUGUCUGUCAUUAGGAUAGACUUUGACCAGGAAGUCGAGUGGCCCAGCCCCGAGAAGGACAAGCAGAAGGAAGGGAAAGCAAAGAAGGCUCCCGUUAUACCCAAGAAGCAGCCCUCUAAGAAGGCGCAGAAGAAGGUCGGUAAAAGGGAGCAGUCGGUCGUCUCUGAGGGGCAGACACCACACCCCUGGACCGACUUUGUCGAAUCGCAGCCGCAGUUGAAGACGCCGGCACAGACGGACGAUGCCGAGGACAAGGCUAACGCCAGCCUGGAGGUUGGGGGGACCCCCGGUGUUGGGCCCGACGAGAUGGAGCUGGACGAGGACGAAACCCCAGCAGGCCUCGCCAAGAAGGAGCAUGAGGCGUCGUUCAGCCGGGAGGAAGAAAUUGAGAAGCUCCGGACUUCGGGCUCUAUGACGCAGAAUCCAGCCGAGAUCUCGCGUAUUCGGAACAUUUCGAAAACCGAGUUUGGCCGAUUUGUCCUCUUCCCCUGGUACUUCUCUCCGUACCCCGAGGUCUUCAGCCAGGAGGACUGCAUGUUCAUAUGCGAAUUCUGUCUGAGCUACUACGGCGACCUCAAGUCCUUCUCGCGGCACCGCCAAAAGUGUACGCUGCAGCAUCCUCCCGGAAACGAGAUCUACCGAGACGACUUCGUGUCCUUCUUUGAGAUUGACGGCCGGCGGCAGCGGACUUGGUGCCGAAACUUGUGUCUCCUGUCAAAAAUGUUUCUCGACCACAAGACGCUAUACUACGACGUCGACCCGUUUCUAUUUUACGUCAUGACUACGAGAGACGAAAGGGGGUGCCACCUCAUCGGCUACUUCUCGAAGGAGAAGGAGAGCACCGAUGGGUAUAAUGUCGCUUGUAUCUUGACGCUGCCUCAGUACCAGCGAAAGGGGUACGGCCGGCUCUUGAUCCAGUUCUCGUACGAGCUCUCCAAAAUUGAAGGCAAGCUGGGCUCGCCCGAAAAACCACUGUCGGAUCUUGGUCUCCUGAGCUACCGCCAAUACUGGUCGGAAAACAUCAUCGAGCUGCUGUUGGGGUUCAGCGAGCGAGACGAAAAGUGCACAAUCGAGGGAAUCGCGGCCCAACUCGCCAUGACAACGCAGGAUGUCGAGCACACGUUACAGGUGCUUAAGAUGCAGGUCUAUCACAAAGGAGAGCACAAGAUCGUCGUGCCCGAGAAGCUGAUCCAGCAGAGGGAGAAGGCGAAACUGAAACAGAAGCGGUUGAUCGACCCAGAACGCAUCCAGUGGAAGCCUCCCGUGUUCACAGCAUCCAGCAGGACGUGGGGCUGGUAG